AUGUCGGAUGACGAGCCUAGCAUUAACAUCCCUUCCCUCCUCACACUGGCUGUCGUGUCAUUCUUUGUCAUCCGAUGGUUUCUAAAUCGUGACUCCAAUUCCCCCACGGAUGGAAGUGGUAGCAGACGCGCGCGCGGGAAUGCCGUUGACCCAGCACAUGUGGAACAGGUCUCUCAGAUGUUUCCGCAGCUGAGCGUCAGGGAAAUCAUGUGGGAUUUGCAGCGGAAUGGGGGCAGCGUUGCGGCAACUACGGAAAGGAUUCUGUCUGGACGGGGGUUGGAAGUUCCCCCGUUGUCGUUUCAGCCUCAAAUCAAUAUUCCCUCUGUCCAGAACGUGGCAACGCAGACGGCAGCGGCACGAAGCACUUCUUCCAAGUCUGAUGCGCAGGAUCUGAUUACACGGUACAACCUCAAAGACAGAAUUGCGAGUGACGACUCUUCAGAGUCAUCAUCUUCGAGCACUGGGUGGUCGCAGAACAAAGAGGAGCGUCACCGUCUACUGCAAAAGCGGCGGGAUGACAUGAUUUUGGCGGCGCGGAGGAAGAUCAUGGAGAAGGAUCGGGAAACUGCUCGAUAG